UUGUGUCUCUUUAAAGGAAGGGGGAGUGUAAGGAAAUGGACAGAGGAAAGAGAUGAAUAGAAGGCACCAGAACCACCUACCAUGACCAAGUGCGCUGUAAAUGUAGGGCAGAAAUUCGAGUGGAAUACAAGGGGAACAUUGAACGCCACAUUUGUGGAAAAAUCAUGUUUGGAUGUGCCUUAUCUGAAUCAAGAGUGUUUCAACAUGGUACCACAUUCGAUCACAGGAAGACAGGGAAACCAUCUUUCCUCCCAAAUAUCUCCUGCAUUUUGAAACGGAAAAGAAGAGUGUCAGGAAGAUACAUCUCGGAGGUAUCUUUCUGAUUAUCAAUGGUAGGCAUUGCAUAAUUCGCUCUCAUCCAGCGUAGCCGUUUGAUUCCUCUAAUUUUACAAGAGGAGGGACGCCAGAGAGAACGACUACAUCCAGAGGCUGCCCCUUUUGGUGUUGCCUGCAAUUGGUUUGGCAAUGCCCUUUUCUCUCAUAGGAAGGACUUGCGCGCAGUAGCCGGGGAGCAAACAGGGGAAAGGAUGCAUUUAACGCUGGAUGCGUGCUGCUUUCGGGGAGAUUCGGCACUGACAGCGGCUCCAGCGGGAACAACGAGCGCGGAGGGCCUGGGAAGCACCCAGCCCCACUAUCUCCUCCUUUUCCUCCCCCCCUGCAGGACCAUGCUUGCGUGAGGGAUGAGGCCGUGCACAGGGACGCCAGGCCAGAGCUGCGGCCUACAUCUAACUAGAGUCGGUCUCUUGACUGCCAGAUCUGUGAACACAUCACCACCAUCAAAUCAGCACCUUUGGGCAUCAGGUAGAUCCAGGAGCAUGAGCAGGACUUUGAGCUGCGGGAGCAGAUGUCUGGGUAUAAGCGCAUGCGGCGACAGCACCAGAAGCAGCUGAUCGCCCUGGAGAACAGGCUAAAGGCCGAGAUGGAUGAGCACAUGCUCAGGCUGCAGAAGGAACUAGAAACUCAUGCGAACAACACUUACAUUGAGCUGGAACGGCUGGUCAAACGCCAUGUUGCUCAAACGGACAAAGAGAUGAAAUCAGUUGCAGCAGAGGAGAGGAGAAUACAGCAACAAAUUGUCGCUCAACAAAAGAAAGAGCUGACUGGUUUCUUGGAGAAUCAGAAGAAGGAAUACAGGCUUUGCAAAGACAAAAUCAAGGAUGAGAUGAAUGAGGAUACUUGUGCAUCCAAGGAGGAAAAACAGGAACGACUGUCCAGGUAUAAAGAAACGAUGCAGCACUCCCAGGCUGAGGAGGAAGCUCACCUGCUGGCCCAGCAGAGGCUGGUCUAUGAUCGCAGCUGUCGGGCCCUCAAACGCCGGAGCCUGAUCAGACGGCAUGAGUUUGAACAGGAGCAGUUAAGAGAGGAGCUGAACAAGAAGAGGACACAGAAGGAGAUGGAACAUGCCAUGAUGAUCCGGCAGGAUGAGUCCACCCAGGACCUGGAGCACAGGCAGCUACAGAUGCUUCAGAAGCUGCGAGUGGAACUCCUGAGGCUGCAGCAUCAGACCGAGCUAGAAAACCAGGAGGAGUACAACAGCCGACGACAGACAGAACUGCACAGAAAACACACACUGGAGCAGCGACAGCAGCCCAGAAACCUUAAGACCCUGGAGAUGCAGAUCAAAAAACAGUUUCAGGAUACUUGCAAGGUGCAGAACAAGCAGUACAAGGCCCUUAGGAACCAUCAGCUGGAAGUUUCUCCUAAAGGCAACCAUAAAACAAUCCUGAAGAACCUGAAGGAGGAGCAGACACGGAAGUUGGCUGUACUGGCAGAGCAGUACGAACAGAGCAUCAAUGAACUGAUGGCCUCUCAAGCGAUGCGAUUAGAAGCAGAGCAGGAAGGGGAGGUCCAAGCUCUGAAGCAGCAACUCAAACAAGAGAUGGAGCUCCUAGAUGCCUACCAGAAAAAAACCAAGUCCCAGAUGGAGUCCCAACAUGAACGAGAGCUGCAAAAACUUGAGCAGAAGGUUUCUAUUCGGAGAGCACACCUUGAACAAAAAAUCGAAGAGGAACUGGCUGCCCUUCAGAAGGAGCGAACCGAAAGGAUCAAGCACCUGCUGGAACGUCAGGACAGAGAACUCAGCGCCUUUGACUCAGAGAGUCGGAGCCUCGGUUUUGGAAGCCUCGGAUCUCUGGACUUCCCUAAAGAGGAUAACAGAUGAAAGCGGAUCUAUCUUUUUAAAGGACAACAUAUCGGUGCCCUUCUCAUGUCCACUUUCGCUGCAUCCAUGGUGACAAACUGGAUAACUUUCUCUGCUACUCUACUUCACUCUCUCACUUUAGAUAUCACAUCUUUGAACAGAGGCUGUUUUGCUUUUGCCGAGACACUUAGAGGGAGGAAGCAAAACAGAAGAAUCCUUAAACAUGUCUGCUAACAAGCAAACCUAGUGUAAUUCAAUGUGUUCAGAUAAGCAGACUCUUUCCUCCAUGCCAUUUCCUCUUUUUUGGUAUGAAUUGAAUAAAUCAAGAAAUUUUAGUAAAAAUGGGCACUUUGAUAUGUUUAAUUAGAAACUCAUCAUGUUCAUAUGAUGCUUAUUGUGUGUGUUACAUGGAGGGACAUUGUGGAAUGUGAACUGCGGACUCCCCCGUGGUGUUAAGCUGCUUUUAUUUCUUUUGAAUUAUUUGAUUUUGCUGUAUUCAUUUAAUUUCAAUCUCUGAAUGUGAAUAUUGCUAUACUGAGGGUUUACUCAUACUUUUUUACAGGUUUUCCCUUCUCCUACCGGUCAUACAUAAUGCUCUUACUCAUACAGUAUCCUGUACUGUGGUUCUUCAGUUUUCUAACAGAUUCCAUUGAUCAGUAUGUAGAAACAAUUGGCAUCAACUCGAUCGACCUGUUUAAUCCUCUCACAACUCAAGAUCCAACUCGCUCAAACUGCUUAUUAUUGCAUGCACUUUAAGGACAAAUUCAGGUUGUGAAGUGAAGCAUGAACCUGUCAGAGAUUUUAGCUGUUUGUAAAUAAGUGGUCACAGCACAUGUUUUUUUUUUUGUUUCUUUUUCUUUUUUGGCUUAUUGAUACUAGACAUAAGCACCAUAUUUGAUAUGAUUUUUUUUUUCACAAAUGCCUUUAUUUGAGUUGUGCCUGAAGCAGGUUUUAGUUUGAAUUUGUAAUAUCAAUAUUUUAACUGACUUAGGCCGGCACCGUUUUUUUUCUUUUUGCCUUUUUUGUUGUUGUUGUCUCUUUUGGAUUCGUCUGAAACUUGUGAAUCGUUUAAUUGUUCACUAAUCUUGUAAAGGAAAAAUGGUGAGAUCUGUGCUGUAUAAUUUUUUAUAUGAAUAUUUGUACAUGAGAACAUAGCUAGAACAUACAGAGACACUGGUCUAUUACUGAUAUCAGAGCCUAACGAUAAGGUUUUUGCUUCUUUUUUUAUAAUGUUGAGAAAUGGUCAUACAAUAGUUCGGUAUAUUGCUAAGUCGGACCAUUAGACUUUCAGAUUGUAUAAAUGCUGGUGAAUGGAACCACAGACUUCUUGUUAUUUCCCUGUGAUGAUCUUUAAAAGAUCAGAGACUCUCCAAACAUGUGGGUCUGGACUAGGUUUUGAACUAUUUGUGACUGAGGAUUUCGAUAUUAUCCACCAUGUUCAUUAUAGUCAUUGAACAGGUUGCACAAUUAUUCCAUUCAUGGUGAAUGGAAAGAUAAUGUUUUGGUGCUUGAUUUCUAACACCACCUUUAGCCUUGCUGUUUUUCUUUCAUUUUAUUUUAGGAGUACACUUUAGUUUCACAAAAGAUUUGUAACCAUUUUGCAUCCCCCUCUUAUUAAACACACAGUUGUUUUUUUAAAGACUCGUGACGUGUUUGGAGCCCCCAAUGCACUGAAUAUCUCGAGUGUUGAAGAGUAUGUUUUAAAAAUGCUUUUCCUUCAUAGGUCACUUAAACAUUAUCAGAAUGUUUUUGUUUCAUUUUUUUUUUCUCCACAGCAAAUGCCUGUAUUAGUUCUUCACAGAGGGUAGUGGGGUGGAAAAGCUGGAUGACGUCCCAUAAAUCAACAAAGUAUUUUAACAGAAAGAAUCCAAUAACACUUAGUUUCUGGUGGCAAAAGAACCUGACUGCGACCGAUCCGACUGAGUUCUGAAGUGUGAACGGGAAACUUGUUUUUCAUGAACUUUAUGAAAUUUUAAGAAACUGUGUCUCAUAUGCAGUAAAACCUUUUCUUUUUGUUGUCUGAUCGAGAAUCAAAACUGAAGCUUUUUGGACAAAUUGUUCCAUAAAGAAAAAGUGCUUUUUGAGGUGCUCGAGUAUGUUAGACUGAGAACUUCAGAAAAAAACAGACCUUACAAUUUGUGUACAUUUUAGGUUAUUAGAAAGAUGUAUUUAGUUAGAAUAAAGGGGACUUUCCUAAAGAAUUUUAUUCACCAUUUCCUGUGCAGUUCGAAGACGAAAUAAAAGAGAUUUUGUUGAAAACAAACAAAAAAGGGAGCAUCGGCGCUCAACAUCCUGCUUUUUGACAGAGAAA